AUGGCGUCCACCGAUAUCGCUACCCAGGAGCUUAAGAACCCCAUUGAUGUCGCUGAAUACCUCUUCGGACGUCUCCGCGAGGUUGGGAUUCGCUCAGUGCACGGCGUGCCUGGCGACUACAACCUUGCAGCCUUGGAUUAUUUACCCAAUUGUGACCUUGACUGGGUUGGAAACUGCAAUGAGCUCAACGCCGGUUAUGCUGCUGAUGGAUACGCUCGCGUGAAUGGCAUCUCUGCACUGAUUACGACUUUUGGUGUUGGAGAGCUGUCAGCUCUCAAUGCCAUCGCUGGCUCGUACUCCGAAUUCGUCCCCGUCGUUCAUAUCGUUGGCCAGCCCACCACCCAAUCCCAGAAAGAUGGAAUGCUGCUGCACCACACCCUCGGCAAUGGGGAUUUCAACGUCUUCAAUAAGAUGAGCGCUGGAAUCUCUUGCUAUGUUGCUCGUCUGAACGACCCGCAUGAUGCUGCUACUCUUAUUGACAGUGCCAUUCGCGAAUGCUGGAUCCGCAGUCGUCCGGUCUACAUCACUCUCCCCACCGACAUGGUCGCCGCUAAAGUUAACGGUGACCGCUUGAAGACACCUAUUGAUUUAUCUCUGCCUAAGAAUGACCCAGAGAAGGAAGACUAUGUUGUUGAUGUCGUCUUGAAGUAUCUCCAUGCUGCCAAGAAUCCUAUCAUCUUGGUCGAUGCCUGUGCUAUCCGUCACCGGGCCCUUGAAGAAGUGCACGACCUCGUUGAGAAGUCCGGUCUGCCGACCUUUGUAACCCCUAUGGGCAAGGGAGCCGUUGAUGAGACACACAAGAACUUUGGAGGUGUUUAUGCCGGAAAUGGCUCCAAUCCCGGAGUCAGCGAGGCUGUUGAGGCAUCCGAUCUCAUCCUGAGCAUUGGCUCCAUCAAGUCUGACUUCAACACUACCGGUUUUACCUAUCGCAUUGGACAGCUGAACACCAUUGACUUCCACAGCACCUAUGUGCGGGUCCGAUACUCCGAGUAUCCCGAUACCAACAUGAAGGGUGUCUUGCGGAAGGUUAUCCAGCAGAUGAAGCCUCUGGCUCCCGCCAGUAUUCCCUCAAUCACGAACCAGCUGUCUGACAGUGAGAAAGCAUCCAGCGACCAGACGAUUACACACAACUGGCUGUGGAAUAUCGUUGGACAAUGGCUGAAGCCAAAGGAUGUGAUUAUCACAGAGACUGGCACUGCCAACUUUGGUAUCUGGGACACCCGCUUCCCUGCCAACGUGACUGCCAUCAGCCAGGUCCUUUGGGGCAGCAUUGGGUACUCCAUGGGAGCCUGUCAGGGUGCCGCCCUCGCCGCGAAGGAACAGAAGAACCGCCGAACCAUUCUCUUCAUUGGUGAUGGAAGUAUUCAGCUAACCGUGCAGGAGUUGAGCACUAUCCUGCGGCACAACUUGAACCCUAUUGUGUUUGUAAUCUGCAACGAAGGAUACACCAUUGAGCGAUACAUCCACGGAUGGGAUGCCAAAUACAACGACAUUCAACCGUGGGACUUUUUCAACAUUCCCAAGGUCUUUGGCGGCGCCGAUGAUAACUACCAAGGCUACCGGGUCAAGGCCCGCGAUGAGCUCAACAAACUAUUUGCCGACGAAGAGUUUAACUCUUCUAACAAGCUCCGGUUGAUUGAGCUGUACAUGCCCCGCGAUGAUGCCCCCGCAGCUUUGAAGCUGACCGCCGCGGCCGCUGCCAAGCGUAAUGGCUAA